UCAGUGAUCACACUCCCAUUUUUUUUUUUCUUCUUAUUUCUUGUUUGUUUCAAAAGCUAAGCCUCCGUACACAAAACACACCCACAUUUUCGCAUCACACACAACAAAAAAUUAAUCAUCCCUCUCGCUUAUAUUCACAUGCCCACCUCCCCACUUUCCCAUCCCAUUUUCUGUCUCUUACAGCUUUUGACAUUCUCUCAGCCGACACACACUCCUUAAACUAAAUCUUGCUGUCUUCCAAAAUUUCACCACUCUCUCUUUAUAAGCGAACUAGUUCUGUUUCAGCUUCAAAGUAUUAUGCAUAGCAAUUUAGAACCCUCUUUUUCUAUGGAUAAUAACACACAAAUUCCUCAAAGAAGACGAACUCCGUCGUUUUCGUCUUCUUUACUCGACGCCAUUUAUCGCUCUAUCGAUGAAUCCAACUCCGGAAACGGCGGCGGAGGGAAUGGAGAGGAGGAGGUUUUAGCUAGUUUGUAUCAAGAAACUAGCUUGAUCAAGAAACAGAAUUCUGAUCAGAGUGUUCAUUCUGUUUCUGCCAAUGCUUUACUUGCAGAACAAGAAAAGGAUUUGUCGAGUCUUCGUCGAGCAAUCUUGAUCGAGAGUUGGAUAGAGAAGCAAAGUAAUGCAACUUCUACUUCUUCCGAGUCCAGCUCUGGAGGCGGAGGAAGACGCAGAGGUAGCGUGUUUUCGUCGUCGUCCGAGACGGAAUCAAGCAUUCCAGAGAGUUCAAGAAUAAGUAAACAAGAUUCUGAUGAGAAGAAACAAAAGCAGAAAAAACCGAUUUCUCCCGGCGGUCGAAUUGCUCAUUUCUUGAACUCUAUUUUCACCUCCGGAAAUGGAAAAAAGGUGAAAAUGUGUUCAAUCGGAGCUAUGGAUGAUGUCACUUCAACUACAACUUCAGAACGUAAAUCAAAAUCAACCUGUUCUUCAGUAACUUCAUUUUCACGUUCCUGUUUAAGCAAAACGCCGCCAUCCAGACCAAAAUCAAGCAAUAAAAGUAAAAGAUCAGUCAGAUUCUAUCCAGUCAGUGUAAUUGUUGAUGAAGAUUCAAGACCUUGCGGCCAUAAAUGUAUUUAUGAAGAUGAUCCAGGUUUAAUGCCAAAUCCUGUUGUAAAAAAAUUUGCCAAGAAUUAUUCUUUUAAACGAGAUUCUGGUAAAGGAUCAGCCAAGUAUAAUAAUAACAGGAAUCAUCAUCAUCAGAAAAAGAAUAUUAUUAGCGAUUUGAAGGGCUUUCAUAAUUACGAAAGCGAUGAAGAAGAAGAAGACGAUGAUAAUCUGAGUUGUUCGAGUUCUGAUCUUUUUGAGUUAGAUCAUAUAAUGGGAAUUGGAAGGUACAGAGAAGAACUGCCUGUUUAUGAGACUACAAGCUUUAAAAAAAAUCAAGCCAUUGCUAAUGGUUUCAUUCUCUAGUUUAAUUUCUUGAUUGUAACAAAAGAAAAUUAUUGAAUUAAUUAGUGCAAUUAUUGGUAUGGAGGGACUGAUU